GAGAGAAAGAGAGAGGAACGAACCGCUCCCACAGUGUCUCGCGGGCUGUGGCCCGCUCUGCGCCAAACGACCAUGUGAUCAGGCGGGCCCAUGCCAACACAAUAUUCUUUCAGUUUUUAACCUCGCGAGUGAUCUAUGUCUAUCUCGUGGCUGUUGAUCGUGUUGAGUUUCGCUCUGAGAUCAAGUGACAACGUGUAUACGUAACUCACUGUGAAAGUUGAUUGUAGGCAUCUUGUUUGACUGGCUACAUGACAUCGUUGCUGCUGUCAAUGUUUCGUUUGUCUGCUUCUUGAUAUAUAGCUGGACUUGGGAAAAUUUACAAGAAUGCGGGACCGGCUCUCCUGGUGCAUGAUAUUUCUCAUACUACCAACUAUUUUACUUGCUAGAUCUCUCAACAAAGAGCGCCAGUUACCGUACGAGCCACCGUCGGACUGGAAGGCGUUGUGGUACAGUAACCUAGAGGAGUUGCAACGUGCAAACGAGGCCAACGAAAACAACACCAUCACGAACGUGACCGUUCAGCUUGGCGGUACUGCCUUUCUUCACUGCAAGGUCCGCAGUUUGGCUGAGAGAAACGUCGCCGACGCCGAGGUUUCGUGGAUACGACGACGAGAUUGGCAUGUGCUGACAAGUUCAACUUUUACGUACACCAAUGACGAACGAUUUCAAGUGUUGCAUCCUGAAGGUUCGGAUGACUGGACAUUGCAAAUCAAGUAUGUACAGGAGCGUGAUAAUGGAACCUAUGAAUGUCAGGUUUCCCGCAGCACAGGAAUUCUGUCUUACUUCGUCAAUCUGAAAGUAGUAACGCCCGAAGCGUUCAUACUGGGAAGUGAAGAGCACCACGUAGAUGUCAGAUCUAUUAUCAAUCUCGUCUGCAUUAUAGAAAAAAGUCCAACGCCACCUCAGUACGUCUUUUGGUACCACAACAACCGCAUGAUUAAUUAUGACACAACGCGCGGCGGCGUCACCGUACAAACUGAACCAGGGCUAACGCAAAGUCGACUCACGAUCAACAACGCCAUUGAAUCUGACACUGGCAAUUAUACCUGCAGCGCUUCCAACACCAAACCCGCUUCAAUCUUCGUUUUCGUCACCGAAGGUGACAAGAUGGCAGCAAGUCGGAAAAAUUCGGGUCUGCGACAAAGUAGCUGCCUGCUUGUACUGUCCCUUCUGUUAUUACUGGACUUUGGAGUUCGAUGAGCCCUACCCGAAUGAUCUACUCCCUGAAACGAGAGAAGGAAAGUUGAUUACGUUCUUUGAUCUUUGCAAUCGUUAAUAACGAUGAUAAAUAUUAAUAAUAAGAUUCUAUCACAACGCAUCCUGCGCCAACUUAUACGAAGAACGUGUAAAUAAGUGAGAGCGACGUGUUCGUAAAAGUGGUAAUGGGACACAUCGUGUAACUGCAAGUACUUUCCGAAUUCUCGCACGUAUCUAUCUUCUCGCAUGGGGUUGAUCACUUUUCAUUGUCAUUGAACUGCCACGACACUACACUUAGGACAUAAGUUUUAAAUGCAUAACGAGUCUAUAUGCCAAAAAAAAGUAAUUGUAUAUGUGGUUUCGGCAUCGUGUACGGGGCUGUUGAUUCAUAUAUUAACUGAACAUUUCAAUAUUAAAAAAAAUAAUUAUCCAACUCCAACCAUUCAUGUCCGGUUACGAUGGUAACGAAAAAAAACUCAUAAUCGCUCACAUUGUUUCCUCGAGUAUUGUUUAUAUUUGCAAGAUUAAAUAGUUUAAAAAUCGUUAAAUUUUAAGAAACUUAUUUUUAAAAUAAAAUUUCCGUCUUUAUAUAUCUACGAUAAUGAUCACAUGUAUGUAUGUAAAUGAAAAUGUUUGUUUGAAAUUUUGUUUUACUAUGAUUUCAAAUAGUUUAUUCGUGUAAAUACGUCUGUCAUAAUACAUUUUGUAAAUAGACUCCUCGAAAUAUGUAAAUAAACUUACGAUCUUACAUGUGGGAAAAUUCGUCAACGUAAAAAUCUAUGAAUAUGUUGAAUAUAUCUGUUUUACAAUAAAAAAAAUAACUUUAUAAAAAUAUCCA